ACCAGGGGCAGGACUUCUAUCCAAGUCGGAGUAGAGGAAACCGAAGUACCAGCGACCAGGGAGGCAGCGCGUACACAAACAGGCCGUACACACUGUUAUCUCCAUCGUCUGAUAGAUUUUUUGGCAGUGAAAAUGAUCCAGUGUGUGCAGAUUAUGUUGUAUUUGUCGGUUCUGGUGGCGUUUGCCGCCUGCAACGCUCCCCCGGUACCGUUAGACGACAUCUUCAUUGAGAAAACUUUCGUGCCAGAGCAGUGUGUGCGCGCAGUCAAAGUCGGGGAUUAUGUCAGGUAUCACUACAUUGGCACGUUUCCGGACGGCAAGAAGUUCGACUCCAGUUACGACCGUGGCAGCACCUACAACGUGUUUGUUGGCAAGAAGCAGCUGAUCGAAGGCAUGGACAAGGCUCUGGUGGGGAUGUGUGUCAACGAGAGAAGUCUGGUCAAGAUCCCACCUCACCUCGCCUACGGAAAACGGGGAUAUGGUGACAUCAUCCCUGCUGACUCUAUCCUCCACUUUGACGUCCUGCUGCUCGAUGUGUGGAACCCGGAGGAUGGCGUCCAGAUCAAAACCUACCACACACCCUCGAUCUGCUCCAGAAAGGUGGAGGUGUCUGACUACAUUCGCUAUCACUAUAAUGGCACCUUGCUGGACGGGACACUGUUUGAUUCCAGCCACACCCGCAUGCGUACCUAUGACACUUACGUCGGGAUUGGGUGGCUGAUCGCUGGUAUGGAUCAGGGCCUUCUGGGAAUGUGUGUUGGAGAGAGACGCAUCAUCACUAUGCCACCGUCACUUGGAUACGGAGAGAACGGAGACGGUAGCGACAUCCCAGGACAGGCGUCCCUGGUGUUUGAUGUCAUACUUCUGGACCUCCACAACCCCAGAGACGGGAUCGCAGUGACCAAUCAGAUGGUGCCCGAGUCCUGCACGAGGAAGAGCGUCUCUGGAGACUUUGUGCGCUACCACUACAAUGGCAGCCUCCUCGAUGGAACAUUUUUUGAUUCCAGCUAUUCUCGUAAUCGCACCUAUGACACCUAUGUGGGUAAAGGCUAUGUGAUUGCUGGCAUGGACGAGGGUCUGAUUGGAGUGUGUGUUGGAGAGAAACGCACUAUCACCAUCCCCCCACAUCUUGGCUAUGGAGAGGAGGGCACAGGUUCUAAGAUCCCUGGUUCAGCUGUGCUGGUAUUUGACAUUCACAUCAUCGACUUCCACAACCCGUCAGACAGCACGGAGAUCACCGUCUCUUACAAGCCAGAGGAGUGUGAGAGGCAAACCAAGAAGGGAGACUUUGUCAAAUAUCACUACAACGCCUCUCUGAUGGACGGCACAUCCAUUGACUCCACGUAUAAUUAUGGAAAGACAUACAACAUUGUCUUGGGAGCCAACCAGGUAGUCCCAGGGAUGGAAGACGGACUGAUGGAAAUGUGUGUGGGAGAGAAAAGACACCUUGUUAUCCCUCCUCACCUCGGCUAUGGGGAGAGAGGAGUCACUGACGAAGUUCCAGGGAGCGCUGUGCUGGUGUUUGACGUCGAGCUGGUAGACAUGGAGGAAGGACUUCCUGAAGGUUACAUGUUCAUCUGGAACGACGAUGUGUCACCUGACCUCUUCGCUGAGAUGGACAAAGACAAAGACGAGCAGGUGGAGCCCUCUGAGUUCACCGACUACAUCAUGCGACAGGUGAACGAGGGUAAAGGCCGCUUGGCUCCUGGCUUCGAUCCUUAUCGCAUCAUUGACAACAUGUUCUCCAACCAGGACCGCAAUGGAGACGGGAAGAUCACAGAGGCAGAGUUCAAACUUAAAGCAGAUGAAUCCGCCGCCCAUGACGAGCUAUGACGGGACUGAGUGUUAAACACAGAUCAGGGUGUAGGGUCAGACAGUGGGGGGUAAUAAUACAUAUGUGGGUGGUAGAAUAGAAAAAGAUGGAGUUGUAUGUGUAAAGUGAGCCAGUGUGGAGUGAGAAAUGUGCUUAGAGAUUUUUUAUUUUUAUGAUGGUCAUGGGACAUCUUGUCCUUAAAGAGCCAAAUGAGUCUGAUAAGAAAGAUGCAGGAUUUAGCAGUGAGAAGAUUAUUUUGAGAGCUAAAUAUUGGAAAGAAUAAUAAUUUGAGGACUUUAAUGACAAUGAAUGACUUCUUCUUUUACCUCCUCUCCCAUAAAGUUCUUGUCUUGUUUUUUCGUGACUUUUUAUUUUAUUUUGAAGGGUACAAAAGCACUCCUGUGAGAGAGAACAAACCAAGGCCUCACUCCACAAUCUCUACAUUCAACACACAUUCCUGACUUUUAUUGUUGUUAACAUUUUCUGGUUGUGUGUGAAACUUUCUUUUCACUGGUUAUCAGCUUGUCUCCGAAAUGUCUAACAGUCUUCCAGGAGCACCAAGUCAGGCCUCAAUCACUGUAAUAUACUGAGAUGGAGGAAAGUUACGUUUAUGUCUGAGAGUUAGUGCUCACUUGCUAAUCAAAUUAAAGUGAUCCUUUUGAAUGAGAGCUUUAAGUUCUAUCUACAUAGUUCACACCUUCCACCUUCCACUGUUUUAUGUUUCAAUGUCAGGAUGCCUUCUGUGUUUUCUGCUGUUCAAAUCAUCCAAAAUGACACUGAAAGUCAAAAAAUGUUGUUGAAGGCUUUCCAAUCUUUCAGUCACUUUUGGUCAACUAGUUUUUCCGUUGUUUGUUUCUGCCUUCAUACAAAUGUUAACACCAGAUUGUGUGUGUGUGUGUGUGUGUGUGUGUGUGUGUGUGUGUGUGUGUGUGUGUGUGUUUAAGAGAGAGAAAAGAGUGUGUGAAUGUUGUUUUUGUUUUACUUUUAUAAUCAGGAGAAUACUGAGGCUUGUUGUUGAUAAUGUUAGCGCAAUGUUGAAUUUGAUUAAAUGACCUGACCUAGA